AUGCCUGGCGUGUACGGCGGCGACGAGAUCAAUGCGAUUGUGCUCGACCCUGGAACGUCGCUGUUCCGGGGUGGCUGGGCCGGUGAGGACCAGCCUCGGGCGCUUUUCCCGUCGCACUACGGCUGGCUUCCGAUGAACGACGAGGACCGCAAGCUGGCGGCGGACAGCGCGCCUGCCGCGUCGAACGGCGACGUGUCCAUGGCCGAGGCUGACGAGCCUGCGGCGGCGAAGCCGUCACUCCCUCGUGGUGUGUCGUACGAUACUGGGCGCGAGCGCAAGCGCUUUGUGGGCGACGCGGGUGUGUCGUACUGGCGCAGUGGCCUCGAGAUCGACACGCCGUUUGACGAGGGCAUUGUGCGCGACACGUCUGCGUUCGAGGCGCUGUGCAGCCAUGCGAUGGACGUGCUGUCGGUGGACGCCAGCGAGAACCCGCUGCUCUUGACCGAGCCCCCGACGAACCCCAAGUCGGUGCGUGCGUCGAUGGCGGAGGUCGCGUUCGAGGGCCUGAACGUGCCUGCAUUCUACCUCGCGAACCGCACCGUGCUAAGCUCCUUUUCGAGCGGCCGCCCUACGUCGCUGGUGGUCGACGUCGGCGCGUCGCACAUUUCGGCGAUCCCCGUGGUCGACGGUUUUGUUUUGCGCAAAGGCAUUCAUACGCAGCCGAAUGGCGGCGACUCGGUCUCCCGUGCCCUGCUCUGGGAGCUGACGCAUGGCCAGGGCGACAAAAACAUGCACGGGUGGCUCUCGGACAGUUUGAUUCCCCAGUACCUCGUCAAGUCCAAGUCGCCGGUUGACCCCGGCAUGCCCCCUCACUGCACGCUGCGCGACGACCGUCUGCAGCACACGGCCAAGUCGUUCCGUGCCUACCACACGAUGCGCCUUUUGGACGACAUGAAAGAGGCUCUGUGCCAGAACCUCGAGGCGCCGUGGGACGCGGCGCAGGCCGCGGCGCGCCCGACCAAGAUGUACGAGUUCCCAGACGGGUACAACGAUGCAUACGGCACGCUGCGCUUCAAGGCGCCCGAGACGGUGCUCACGCCGUCGCUGUACACGGCCUCGCCCGAGGUGCUUCCGCCCCGCGAGCAGGGCUACGUCGGCCUUACCGAGAUGAUCCUGAACGCGGCCAAGUCGGUGGAUGUCGACUCGCGCGCGGCCAUGUUUAGCAACAUUGUGUGCGUCGGCGGCGGCUCGUUUGUGCCGGGCUUUAUCGACCGCCUGAGCUACGAGCUGAGCGUCGCUGCGCCGAGCCAGCGCAUCAAGAUCCACUCGCCGGGCAACUACACCGAACGCCGGCACUCUACGUGGCUCGGUGGCAGUAUCCUUGCGAGUCUCGGCACCUUCCACCAGCUCUGGAUCAGCAAGCAAGAGUACGAGGAGCACGGCAGCGCCAUUGUCCACGCCCGGUGCAAGUAG